AUGGAAGCCGCAAAGGGUGCUGGCAACGGCAAACUGGGCACCGUAUCUGGCGUCUACAUCCCCGUCUAUCUCAACAUCCUGAGCAUCCUCAUGUUUCUCCGGUUUGGCCACAUCCUGGGACAAAUUGGCUUCAUCGGCAUUCUAGGUCUUCUACUCGCCGCGUAUUGCAUCGAUCUUCUCACUGUCCUGUCGCUUUCCGCUAUUGCAUCUAAUGGCGAAGUCAAGGGCGGAGGCGCUUACUACUUGAUUUCCAGGUCUCUUGGCCCAGAAUUUGGCGGCUCUAUCGGCAUCUUGUUCUAUCUGGCCCAAGCUUUGAAUACCGCAAUGAACGUAGUUGGUCUCAUUGACUGCAUCAGACUCAACAUGGGGUCCAGCUUCCCUCAAGGGUAUUGGACUGGUUAUGGGCUCCAGACAGCUGCUUUGAUGUUGUGCACAGCUCUUUGCCUGCUUGGCUCGUCAACAUUUGCAAAGGCCUCGAAUGCACUGCUUAUUAUUCUAACUAUCGCCAUCAUCAGCAUCCCGGUAUCUGCCAUCUUCAAGACGCCUUUUGUAGAUGAAGCAGCUGGAAUCAAGUUUACGGGAAUCAGCGUCGAUACGCUUAUUGGAAACUUUGUACCCCGGGUCUCUGAGGGGAGUUAUGGGGGCAUCAGGACAUUUCGAGAUCUCUUCGGUGUUCUCUUCCCAGCCACUUCGGGGAUAUUUGCUGGGGCUUCCAUGUCUGGGGAUUUACGAAAUCCGAGCAAAGCUAUUCCAAUAGGAACACUAUGGGCGACCCUUACAACAUUCAUUGCCUAUUUCACCGUCAUCCUAUCGAUGGCAGCGGCUAUCACUCACGAAUCUUUCUUGGCCAACAAUAACAUCAUUUCUCUAACGAGCUUGUACGCCCCUAUUAUCCUAGCCGGAGAAUGCGCCGUCACUUUCUUUUCGGCUCUGAUGGGGGUCAUUGGUUCAGCCAAGCUCUUUCAAGCGCUUGCUCGCGAUAAGCUUCUCCCAGGGCUAUCGCUCUUUGGGAAAGGAUCUAAAAAUGGCGAUGAACCCAUCUUUGCCAUAUUUUUAACUUACUCUAUUGCGCAAAUUGCCCUUUUCGCGGAUUUGAAUCAGAUCGCUACACUCAUCUCCAUGGGUUAUCAGAUGACCUUCUUUGUCAUGAAUCUAGCUUGCUUCCUUUUGAAAAUUGGAUCUGCUCCCAAUUUCAGGCCCAGUUUUCAGCUUUUCAGCGCAGAAACUGCAUUUCUUGGGAGCUUCCUAUCUGCAACCGCCAUGUUCUUCAUUGAUGAGACUUAUGCUUCAACCGCAAUCUGCGCUCUCAUUCUAGUAUUCUUGCUGAUUCAUUAUCUUUGCCCCCCGAAGCACUGGGGUGACGUCUCUCAGAACCUCAUCUACCACCAGGUGCGAAAGUAUCUGUUAAGGCUAAAGCCAGAGCACAUCAAGUUUUGGAGACCGCAAAUCAUUCUCCUUGUCAACAAUCCCCGACGGCAGGCUAGACUCAUUCAGUUUUGCAAUUCACUGAAGAAAGGUUCGCUCUAUAUCUUGGGCCAUGUUAUCGUAACGGACGACUUCAAUGCGGGAGUCCAUGAGGCGAAGCUUCAACAAGCAGCUUGGACGCGAUAUAUAUCCGAAUUUUCAAAGAUUAAAGCAUUUGUACAGCUUACAAUGUCGCCGUCUAUCAACUGGGGCAUCCGAAAUCUCAUCCUGUCAUCGGGCCUAGGAGGUAUGAGGCCCAACAUUGCCAUUAUGGGAUUUUACAACAUGGACGAUCUACGAAGAUCUAGCCAUCGAUUAAGGGUGCCAGAUAUUCCAAUGGCUCCCGCUUCUAAAAUGAAUCGACCGCCAAAGUCCCAUGGGGAAACAGUCACAAGGCGUCGCGGCGAUACGUCUGCUCGCUUACUAGAGGGGUUCCUACCUACCGAUGCAAUCCGUAACGAGGAUAUGAUGUCUCCGACAGAGUAUAUGACGGCCUUGGAAGACUUGGCUCUGGUAUAUCGGCUGAACGUAGCUGUUGCGUACGGAUUUGAUGAACUAGAGACGCCCCGAAAGGACGAGUCCAACACAAAAAAGUAUAUUGACUUGUGGCCUAUCCAAAUGUCUGCCGAGGUUUCAUCACAAGGAAAGAAUAUGUUGACUUCUAAUUUUGAUACCUACACUCUCAUUCUGCAACUGGGUCAUAUUCUCCGAAGCGUCCACACUUGGAAACGAGUCUUUACAAUCCGGGUCAUGGUCUUCGUCGAAUAUGAAACCGAAGUUGAAGAAGAGCUGGCGCGAGUCCAGGCCCUUUUAGAGAAGCUGCGUAUCGACGCCGAAGUCCGGGUCUUUUGGUUGGCGUGCGGCCAGUUGGACACAUAUGAGCGCAUCAUUAACGGCAGGAGCAGCAACCUCGACUGUGAAAUUGUCGUUGGUGACGCAUUGAGAGAUGAGGAGUGGUGGAAUGAUUUGGAAGACUUCCGCGGGAAAACCGAAGCCAUGUCGUCCAGCCAAGAGUUUACGCAUCUGGCUCAUAUCCUUACUUCAACCUCUGGACGACCUGGAGUAUACAAUCCGCAUGAGGAGCUAGAAUCGCGACGACGGCGUUCCAGUGUCAUGAACCUUCCGGGUAUACCCAAAAAGCCGAAUAUUGGCUCCCUUUCCAAGAUGGGUAUCAAUAUCGGGAUGCACACUCAUCACUUGAACGAAGAGGUCUUUGAGGAAUCUGAUUCGGAAUACGAAAGCGGGAGUGAUACAGAUAGCAUAGGCACAAUGGGAUCUACAAUCGAUCCGGCAUUGCCAGAAAUGCCAUCUUCGAAUCUUUCACGGGAGCCACGAACACCGAGGAUGCGGGAAAAUGGAGCUUCUGACCUGACCGUCAGGCCAGGAUAUCCUGCCAACGGCAAUCGCCCAACUACUCCAUCAUAUGGUACCAUGUCAACAUCUCAAACCUUUUCACAAACUCACAGCGGGCAUGAUUCGGUCAUCAUUCCAGCAGCUCAGCGGAUUCCCGAGUCAUCUGCCGCACGGUUUUCAAGCCGACCUGUUCCAGAGAUGAGAAUAACGACGGAAGCAGGAAGCUCGAGGAUUGGUUUCGCCACGACCAGCUCCUCAAGCCCAGGAACCCCUAAAACAGACCGCCCAUCGUUCUCUCGACAGUCGUCUCUCGGCAAGUCCUCCGCGCAACCACUAUCUAAAUCGAGGAGAAACUUUGGAGGAGGCGUGCGGGCGAUUUCAUAUACCGAGCAGCCAACGUAUUAUGCACGCGCAAGUACACAGCCUCUUUACCAGUCUCGACUGGAACCUCAGCCUUCGCACGUUGAUCAAGGGGAUGUCAGCUUGAACAUCCCUGAGCUUGUACAAUCCUACAGACUUGAUACCGAAGCAAGCCAGGCAGAUGGUACACCUUACUCUACACAAGGCGUUGCUUUGUCCUUCAACGACCUGCCCAGUCGAGCGCAGCACCUAAUCUUGAACGAACUUAUGCGACAGAAUUCCAAGUAUACGGCCGUGGUUCUAAGCACUCUACCAGUUCCCAUUGAGGGGACGUGCUUGGACAAUGAUAAAACGAUCAAAUAUCUUUCGGAUGUCGAGCUAUUGUGUCAUGAUCUUCCGCCUGUUCUCUUGGUGUUAAGCAAUAGCAUGACGGUCACAGUGAGUUUGUAG